UAAUUGGUGCAGUAUUGCUGAUGCUCAAUUACUUCGUGCAUUUCCAAUCAUAAAUGGUAAAAAGAAGUCGAAUGAAGAAGACAUGACAAAAUUUAUUUACUUUACUCAGUCUGCUGAUAAUGGUCACAAUAAGGUUCAAUUUCAUGCAAAAAAAUUAUAUUAUGGUGAGUUAGCAACCUCCCUAAGUGCGUCCUCUCGAGAUCAUAGUGAAAAAAUUACAAAAAGAGGGAUUGCACUUAUUGAGAAUAAAAUUUAUAGAGUUCUUAUAAGUUGGACCAUACUUAUCAUACAUUUAGAAAAAUGCUCAAGGAGAAGUUUGUUAGGGCACAAAGUGGUUUUAUAUGCAAUUUUUGAAAGAGUGUCCUUAUCCUAG